AUGGUACAAGAUGAAAUUUGGCAUAUGGAGGUUGCUGGUUCACCAUCAUCACCAAAAACAGAUCAUGCAGUUGGCAAUACAAAGAAUUCAUUACAUAGUGAUGUCUUAAACUUAGUUUCACACUUGCUUGACCACUUGGAUGUUCCUAUUAAGACUGCUACAAACAUAAAAGUUUUCAGUUUGCAAAUUCAUUG